AUGUGGUUGGACCUUGGAGGAACUACUCAGAGAGGACCAAAGAUCACCCAUGUUGAUCUUGGACAAGCUAUGAGCAAACGGGAAACUGUCCUUAUUACAGGGUUUGGACCGUUCAGACAGUUCUUGGUAAACCCCAGCUGGAUAACAGCCCAGGGAUUAAAGUUGACCGGGUUGGGAGAGAGCAUCGAUGUUUACAUCAAGGAGCUGCCAGUUAGCUACGAUGUAACUCAGCAGAUUAUCACUGAACUCUGGCAUACCCUUAAACCAAAGUUUGCUGUUCACCUGGGUAUUGCCAGAGCUUCCAGUCUUGUCAUUUUGGAGCAAACCGGUAAGAACAGUGGAUACAGAGACAGAGACGUGCGCGGCUUCUGCCCCACAGGUCACCGCUGCAUUGAAGGUGGGCUGGAGAAACUGGACUCUGUAAUUAAUGUGAGGGCCAUCUCCAAGCACUUUCAUCAAGCAGGGAUGGAUGUGAUUCAUUCAAGAGAUGCUGGAAGAUACCUGUGUGAUUUUGCUUAUUACUGCUCACUGUAUCACGGUCAGCGGAGAGCAGCCUUCAUCCAUAUACCCUCAUCUGGCCGCUUAGCCUCAGCCGAGAGACUGGUGCCUCUUCUUCACGACAUCAUUGUCACAAUGCUUGAACAACUGGACGACUCCAAAUACUUAGGUAGAUAUUCGCCUAGCAUUCACUGACUUGCUUUGAAUAUUUCCACUUUGAGUCAAGUUCCAACUAUAAAUGUUUUGACUAUUUCACUGAGAUUUGAAAUGACAGGUCAACACAAAGCAUCUAUAAACUCUAAUGUUGAAGUUUUGUCACAGAUUCUCAAUUUGAUUUGAUUGAGCUCUGGACAUUAAGUGAGCCAUCUCAGUACAUGAAUGUGGUUUGAUCUAAACUAUCUCCUUGUAGCUUUGACGGCAUGUUUAGGAUCAUGUACUGCUGGGCAGUGAAACCCUGCCAUAGUCUCAAGUGUUUUACAGCCUGUAAUGGGUUUUCUUCAAAGAUUGUCCCAUACUUAGCUUUAUCCAUACACCUCCCUUGUCCCUGCUAAAGAAAAGCAUCCCCACAGCAUGAUGCUGCCACCACCAUGUUACACACUAGAGAUAGUGUGAUGUACAGGUAGGCCUAAACGUUUCAUUUUGGUCUCAUCUCACCAAACGUUCUUCUUUCACUUAUUUACUGUAUUCUUUAUAUGGCUUUUGGAAACAGGACUUCC